UGUGCAUCCGCGUACUUUAAACAGUUUACUCGUGACAGUUGACACGAGUCGUGGUGACACUCCGUGCGCUUUGUUGGUUAACAAUAAGUGAAACAUGAAGAACGGUAAUCAGAUUGUUGCUGAAGCCUUGAAGGAACAGAAUGUCGAGUAUACAUUCGGGAUUAUGGGACACCCUGUGAUCGACUUGGCCAUAUGCAUGCAAGCUGCAGGUAUUCAGUAUCUUGGAUUUAGGAACGAGCAGGCUGCGUGCUACGCUGCGCAGGCGUAUGGCUACCUGACCAGAAGACCAGCGGCGGUUCUAUGCGUCUCUGGGCCUGGAUUGCUUCACGUCAUCGGUGGUAUGGCCAAUGCCCAAACGAAUUGCUGGCCAGUUAUAGUACUUGGGGGAUCGUGUGCCCAGGAUCACGAGGGUAUUGGUGGUUUUCAGGAAUGGGCGCAGGUAGAAUCCAGCAAGCCCUAUUGUAAAUAUGCAGCGAGACCACCCCAAGCAGCGCUCAUACCGCUCCACGUGGAAAAGGCCGUUCGACUCUCCACUUACGGUCGACCAGGCGCUGUAUACUUGGACCUGCCGGCCACUUUGCUGACUCAGUCGGUCGACGAGAACAAAAUAUACAAAGUGGCGCCCUGUCCACCGCCGCCAUUGAUAUUCCCGGAUCAACAAUUGGUCCAACAAGCAGCCAACUUGCUUAUGCGAGCAAAAAGACCGCUGGUGAUCGUCGGGAAAGGGGCCGCUUAUGGCAGAGCGGAAAAAGAAAUUCGCGAUCUUGUAUAUUCAACUGGUAUACCUUUUCUACCGACUCCAAUGGGAAAGGGCGUCGUUCCAGACACGGAUGAACGUUGCGUUUCCAGCGCUAGAACCUUCGCGUUGCAACAGAGCGACGUUAUUUUGUUACUAGGCGCCAGAUUUAAUUGGAUGUUACACUUUGGUCGGCCACCACGUUUCCAAGAUAACGUUAAAGUGAUACAGGUUGACUUAUGCCCGGAAGAAUUACACAAUUCUGUUCCUUCCGCGGUUGCGAUCCAAUCUGACGUAUCCACGGCUGUCGAUUCUCUUGUUAAUGUUUUGAAAGCUCGCAAAUGGUUCGUCGAGGGGAAUAGCCCAUGGUGGAGAGACCUUCUAGCUAAAGCAAAUAAAAAUAAAGCAGUAGUCCAAAGGAUGUCCGCGGAUGUUUCUGUGCCCUUGAAUUACUACGCUGUUUUCAAGCAAAUUCAAGAUAUCAUUCCACCAGAUUCUAUCAUUUGUUCUGAAGGAGCGAAUACGAUGGAUAUUGGAAAAACGAUGUUAUUAAAUAACGAGCCUCGUCACAGGUUAGACGCAGGUACCUUUGGAACCAUGGGCGUGGGUUUAGGUUUCGCCAUCGCGGCCGCUCUUUAUUGCAAAAACACUGCACCCGGGAAAAGAGUGUUUUGCGUGGAGGGGGACAGUGCUUUUGGAUUUUCUGGCAUGGAAAUCGAAACAAUGUUUAGGUACAAGCUGCCUAUAAUUAUUAUUAUCGUAAACAAUAACGGUAUCUACAGUGGCUUGGACACUGAAACGUACAGACAAUUGCAAGCUUCGGGGGAACCAACGCAAGUGACCCCGCCAUAUUCUUUAACAGCUGAAACGCAUUACGAGAAAAUGAUAGAAAUGUUUGGUCGAAAAGGAUAUUUUUGCACGACCGUGCAAGAUAUUCAACAAGCAAUAAAGUCCAGUCUUCGGGUGAGCGAUAGUCCCAGUCUAAUAAAUAUUAUGAUAAAUCCUCAGGCUGAUCGUAAGGAACAAAAAUACGGUUGGUUGACUGAAUCGAAACUUUAAAUUCAUUUCUUCUGUUAAUAGUUAAUAUGGCAAAUGGAAAAAAAUAUUAUAUUAGUGAGAUUUAAAGGUGGACGCACACGCUGUAUAUUUUUUUAUUCUAUGUAUAAAAGUAUCCAUUUUUAUUUUUAUAAUAAAUGUACAGAAUAUACAGUACAUGCAAAGUAUUU